UGUGUUUUUAUUCGCUUGUUUACGUUGCAAUAAUCAAUACAUACCGGAAGAGAAUAUAGUCAUCAGCUAUCUAAAAACUACGGUUGUAAAUACCUUAAGAGUGAAAUGUCGGUAUUAAUAUAAGUUGAGUUUUAUUGAACUUAGGUUAUAAACUUAUAAAAAGCUGUAUUUACACGAAUCUUACAGGCAGUAAUAUUGGAGCUAUAAACCAGGAAAUUUCAGUGAAAUAAACAUUGGAGUUUCCAAAUUGAGAUAUUUUCGAUUUAUAAGACCGUGUUUUUUUAGCAAGGAGUUAUAUAUAUAAUUAUGGAUGAAACGAUAAUAAAAGAACUGAUCAGUAAAAGCGUGAGUGCGAAGAAACAUGCGUACUGUAAAUACAGCAAUUUUCCGGUUGGCGCGGCACUACUUUGUGAAGAUGGCACCAUAUAUACAGGAUGUAAUAUAGAAAACGUCGCCUACUCGUCUAUAUGUGCUGAGCAGACGGCCAUAGCCAAGGCCGUUUCGGAAGGUCACACGAAGUUCAAGGCCAUUGCGGUCUCCAGUAACCAGACUGAAAAUGUCAUAUCGCCUUGUGGACCUUGUCGACAGUAUCUAGUAGAGUUUGGAGGCGACUGGGACGUUAUCAUGACGAAACCGGAUAUGACGUAUACGAUGAUGAAAACUAGCGAGUUACUUCCCUUGGGAUUUGUUCAGAAUCCGUUCUUGCCCACUGCCAAGAAAUAAUAUUGAAUUAUUUGUUCAGAACAUAUCUACCUGAUUCAUUUAAGACAAUUUCAAGAAAUAUCGUCUUCAUUUACAGUAAUUGUUUUUAAAUCACAAUUAUGGUUCUAUUUGGUCAAGUUUCUUAAAACUGCACUCUCACAGAUUUACCGUUUUGACAACUUUUUUAUAUUUUUUUUUUGUCUUGGAAUUAAUUUGAACGCAGGUUUUCAUAUUUAUGUUCGGAAAUUAAUUAUACAUGGCUGAAAGAAAAAUACAUAAAUCAUCAUUUUUGAACAUAAGUAUGAAAUCCUGGGAUCUGAUUUUCAAAACGGUUGAAUGGUGCGCCUUUCACCACAGUCAAUAUAUAGUUUCAAUAAAACGGUCAGCUGGGGCCGUAUUCAAUAUUGUUCUUAUCUUUAUCCUUAGACACGCCUCAUUGAUUCCAUUCACCUCAUUGGUCAGUUAUUUUUACUGUCUAAUCAGAACACUUGGACUCAAAUCUUUAAAUUAAGUGAACUCGGAGGUGAUUACUGAAUACAGUCCAGCUCAAUUGAAGGUAGUUUCUGCUUUCUAUUAUGUUCUAACAACCAAUAUAUAUUUUAUAUGAUCUUCAGAUAUAUAUCGUGUAACAAUACAAAGAAUAAAACA